AUGAUGUCGUUAACUAAUUCGGGCCGUUUUCUUUUAAAUUAUGGACUUAAUUUUGUAUCAGCUAUUCCAUUAAUUGGUGUAUCAAAAAUACUUUUCCGUCGAUAUCCAAUUUCUGGUCUUGCAUUAACUAUAUCGAAUUCUGUUCUUUCAACGGUUUUUGCAACUAUCGUCCUCAUAUUUAUCUCAAAACCUCCACCAAAUAGUCAAACAUCGACAAGUCGACUUCAAGCAUUUCUUCGUAUGCUAUUUAUUUCCGGAACGUUUACCGGAUUUAUAACAUUUAGUAAUUUAUCAUUACAAUAUAAUCCAAUUGGUACAUAUCAAAUUAUGAAAUUACAAAUACCACUGAUUUUAAUGAUUAUUGAAUAUAUUCAACUUCAAUUUGGAUUCAAUUCUGCAUUAUUAACAAAAGAAAAAUUUCAUCGAGAUUAUUCGACAUCAGUUUUAUAUGCUUUUGCUAUUAUUGCUAUCGGUAGUACAGUUAGUAUAUGUUUUGAUCGUCGUUUUCAUCUCUUAGGCUUUGCUUUUGCUUGUAUAAGUAUUUUAUUUAAUGCACUUUAUCAAGCGCAAGUACAAGGUGAUCAAGUAUCGUCAACCUAUGAACGAAUGCGUUUUCUACAAAUUCAAACAUUAAUAUCUCUCGUGUUACUUUGUCCUGGUUGGCCAUUUCUUGAUAAUACAUUUGAAUACAAUAAAUAUUUAUUUACACGUUGGGAUGCAUUAUGUUUAUUAUUUCUAUGUGGUUUUCUUGCAUUUCUUGUUAAUUUAAGUGUGAUUUGGUGUAUAAAAGAUGUUACUACUAUUAGAUUUAAUAUGGUUGGACAAUUGAAAACUUUCUUCCUUGUAGGUGUCUUAUCCAUAUUCUUUGGUGAAUCAAUAACAUUCUAUCAAAUAGGUCCUAUUUUAUUUACAGCAGGAGGCUGUAUAUAUUAUGCAUAUAGUAUAAAUAAGAAUGAAGAAUAUUAUAAGCAUCAAGCACGGAUGGUACCAAAUAAUAUUUAA